AUAUCCCAGAGACGUGGGCUCAGCGCUGGGCAGGAGACUUUGAACUCAACCCUGAACUCCACCUUCCUGCUGAGAACAAAUUCAUCGCGACGGAUUUCACCCUGAAAACGUUGGACUGUGCGAACACAGAGUUUCCUGUCAGGAUCGUGAACAGUGAGCGAGGCUGUCUGUGGUACAAGAAGGACAACAAGUUCAAGAUCCCCAAAGCUUAUAUUCGUUUCAACUUGAUCUCCCCGAUGAUACAGAGGAGCCCAGAGAAUCUUGUUCUGUUCGACCUCUUCGUCAACAUCUUGGCUCACAACCUGGCGGAGCCGGCGUAUGAGGCCGACGUGGCUCAGCUCGAGUACAAACUGGUGGCCAGCGAGCACGGACUGGUGAUUCGACUGAAAGGCUUCAACCACAAACUGCCGCUGCUCUUGACGCUGAUCGUGGAUCACCUGGCGGACUUCAGCGCAGAGCCGGGCGUCUUCGCCAUGUUCUCAGAGCAGCUGAAGAAAACCUACUUCAACAUCCUCAUCAGACCGGAGCGACUCGGGAAAGACGUCCGUCUGCUGAUCCUGGAGCACUGUCGCUGGUCAGUCAUUCAGAAGUAUCAGGCCAUCGUCAAAGGUCUGACCGUCGACGACCUCGUGGCUUUUGUCACCGGGCUGAAGGCGGAGCUGUACACUGAGGGGCUGGUACAGGGAAACUUCACCAGCACGGAGUCCAGGGAGUUUCUGCAGUACUUCACCCAGAAGCUGCAGUUCCAGCCUCUGUCUGCAGAGGCCCCCGUGAUGUACCGGGUGGUGGAGCUGCCUCAGACAAAUCAUCUCUGUAAAGUCAAAUCUCUCAAUAAAGGAGACUCCAACUCUGAAGUCACCGUCUACUACCAGUCGGGGCUGAAGAACCUCAGAGAACACGCCCUCAUGGAGCUGAUGGUGAUGCACAUGGAGGAGCCCUGCUUCGACUUCCUCAGGACGAAGGAGACACUGGGGUACCAGGUGUACCCAACCUGCAGGAACACCUCAGGAGUGCUGGGCUUCUCCGUCACUGUGGAAACACAGGCCACCAAGUUUAGCACGGAGUUCGUCGAGGCGAAGAUCGAAGAGUUCCUGGUCAGUUUCGGGGAGCGUCUGGCGGGUCUGAGCGAGGAGGCCUUUAGGACCCAGGUGACAGCUCUCAUCAAGCUGAAGGAGUGCGAGGACGCUCACCUGGGAGAGGAAGUGGACCGCAACUGGUUUGAGGUGUUCACACAGCAAUACGUCUUCAACCGGCUCAACAAGGAGAUCGAGGUUCUUAAGGCCUUCACUCAGGAGGAGCUGGUCUCCUGGUUCCUGGAGCACAGAAACACCAGCAGCAGGAAGCUCAGUGUUCAUGUGGUUGGUUUCGGGCUGGAGGAGAACGAUCCGCCAGAUCAGGGCUCGGACGGCUCGGACAACCCCCCCGUCUCAGCCUACGGCGAAGUCAGCGAGCUGACCUUCCUGUCGGCCUCCUCACCGUCACUCCAGGACGCCACGCUCAUCACCGACAUCAGAGCGUUCACCUCCUCCCUCCCCCUUCACCCCUACCACAAAAUCCUCAGCUAGGCCACUCCCACUGCAGAGCGACAGCAAACUCCACUAAAGACUGACACGGUAACCAUGGAGAUGGCUAGCUUUGGUAAUCACACUGGUCAAAGGCGACACGCUUAGGAUGAAAAGAAACGUUUCGGAAAUGUUAGUUCUUUUCUUUUAUGUGAUGAUGCUGUGUUCAUGUCCUGGAGGAAAAUGUAGAUCUGAGCUUCAUACUGAUAAAACAUGUUCAGGAUCUAUUAGCACCACAACUUUCAUCGUCUCAAGUCACUUUACACUUUAACGUCGAGACAAUCGACUGUAAAUAAAACGGGACGACGCGUCUCUUCCUCCAGAAGAGAAGCCAAAAUAUCUCUGAUUCAAACGCUGCCAUCUUGUGGUGAUGACGUCAUUUACAGUCAGGGUCUGUGCAGUAGCGAUCGUGGGGAGGAGCCUUGAUAUCAACGAGCUGAAACGACAGAAACAUCUUUGACCAACAUUGAUUUAACGUUUGAGAGUUUAACUCGGAGUUUUUAGUUUGGUCCAUGUCCCAUCUGUUAACAUGGAGGAGGAGGUUAAUGAUCUAUACUACAGCCAGACACCAGGGGGCGAUCAAGAUGCUUUGGCUUCAGUUUUGGGAGCCGUCAUGUCGUCCAUCUUUAUUUACCGUCUGUGGUUGAGACCUCACAGUGUAAAAUGUUUGAACUCUGAACUUUGACCUGAAAUUACACCAAGUCUGUGACAAAAAGUUUUUUUAAUUAUUAUUAUUAUUUUCAUUAUAAUUUGUGGAAACUUGUAACUGAAGCGUCCGUCACAGUUGAACAAAUCAAUGUGAUGUUUUCAAUUCUUUUGUUGGUUCCAACCAACAGAACAUUAACAAAUCUAAAUCUUCUCAGUGAGUUGUUAAAAUAUUUAAACUGCAGCUUCUCAGAAAACUAAAUCCAGAGCAACAUGACGAGUGAUUCACCAGAAUUCCUCCUGAUUGCUCUUUUAACUGCGAGGUGUGUUUUUCCCAGGUGCAGUGAAUGCAGCACGAUGUCUCAGGGCUCUGGUUUGUUACAAAAGGGAAGAACGAUCAUUUCUCACUGAAGCUCGUCGUCAUGUGUUUACAUGUUCCACUGUCGUGUUCUCUUAUUUCAAUGUUGAACCUGAUCUGAUGGCCUGAACCAAACAGACCAGAAUGUUUUACAAUCUUCUGUUGAGGCUGAGGACGAGUUUCACAUUCAAAUAAUUAAUUACAUUUUCACUUCAGUGACAGUUAAAAAAUAGCUACUGAUUGUUAAUUCUGUCUUUAAAUGAUAAUUAAAAAAUCUUCAAGUGUUUUUGAA